AUGGAAAAAUCAUACACGCAAGAAGAAUUUGAUGAGCUUAUGGGGAAGGUUGAGAAGGCAGAUUUUCGGGUGGCAGAGUAUUUGGAAUUAGCUGGAAGAGAAAAGUGGGCUAGAGUGUAUGCAACUGUUAACCGAGGAUGGACAAUGACUUCGAACAUAGUAGAGUGUAUUAAUCGUCACCUUGUAGCGACAAAAGAGAUGCCUAUAUUUGAUUUUCUAGAAGAAGUCGAACCAUCAACCGAAUACUUGUACACAGUCCAUGCUGCAGGAAGGCAUUUCAUAGUUAACUUGAAAAACAAAACUUGCAGUUGUCGGAUGCUUCAAAUAGAUGAAAUUCCAUGCCCACACGCAUGGGCUGUCAUUAAGAAGAAAAAUCUAACGGUUAAUGAUUACUAUUCAGAAUUGUUCAAACUGCACAUCGUGGUGAAAACAUAUGAUAUAGUCGUGGAUCCUCUCCCUGACGAGCGUGAAUGGAAGAUUCCCACAUACAUAUCGGAGGAUGUAGUUUUUCCACCAAGAUACAAGAGACCUCCUGGUAGACCAAAGAAGAAGUGUGAUAAGUCGUUAAUUGAAUUGCUUAUUGGAAAAAAAAAAAAACAUGCUUGCAGUACAUGUGGACAGACUGGACACAACAGACGUUCUUGUAGUAAUGCUCCUAGACGGAAGUAA